GCAAACUUCACUUUCGAACGACCUAGUCAUUUCUGCAAGUGCUUAUUUGAAGGUGACAAUAUUUCAAUCUUUUGCUCACAACUAUGGAAACCGGACAAAGUAGAGUUCUGCAUGUUUUACAUAAUCCCAUCUUAUUUGGUUGAGCAGUGACUUUGAUUCCCUGCAGCAAUAUUUUACGGAUCGUAGCUAUUCAUCUGCCCAACUGAAAAGCUGUUAACCAAGAGUUGUACUAGAGCACGGAAUGCUGUGUAACUUCCUGCGAUUCAGACCUGUCACUUGUGCCCGUUUUUUCCACACAUUCUGUUGCCUCAGAAACUCCUUCGAAAGUCAACCAAGAAAAAUUUCUCAUGUACUUGAGUCAUGUAUCGAACUUGGUCGUUUUGGAAAGCCGGUGGGCACUUGGUUAUUGUACCUUCCUUGCACGUGGAGCAUUGCACUGGCUGCACCACCAGGACACUUACCAGAUCUGCACAUGCUAGCCCUAUUCGGUAUAGGCUCUGUUCUAAUGCGAAGUGCUGGUUGCACUAUAAAUGAUAUGUGGGACCAAAAGUACGACAUGCUUGUUAAACGUACAAAAAACCGCCCCUUGGCUUCGGGCUCAUUAACAUACUCUCAGGCAUUUUUGUUUCUUGGCUUGCAGUUGACAGCUUCACUUGUUAUCUUAUUACAGCUAAACUGGUACAGUGUAUUCCUUGGUCUCCUUUCAAUGGUUCCUGUUACCACGUAUCCUCUGUUCAAACGGAUUACUUACUGGCCUCAGCUUGUCCUUGGUUUGACGUUGAACUGGGGUGUUUGGCUUGGUUAUUCUGCCAUAAAUGGUUUUUGUCUUUUCUCCGUGUGUACUCCUUUGUACUUAGCCGCAGUGUGUUGGACAUGCACGUACGACACUAUAUAUUCUCAUCAAGUGAGGGUGUUUUGCAUUUGUCAACUUUUUUUCGCCUAGUAGUUCCUGCAUCCUUUAAUUGUAUUGCUUGAUAUUUGGUUUUGUGCUUAUACUGCGCUGCCCGGCUAACCUGUAGCACCUUUUUAUUUUCAUAUUUUUAGCGUUUAAAGACUAGGUUUGUUUAUUCUGUAUAGGUCUAACAUUCAACUGGGGUGCUUUGCUGGGCUAUUCUGCUGUCAUGGGUCAUAUUAACCCUAUCGUCACACUUCCUCUGUAUAUUGCUGGACUCAAUUGGACGAUAAUUUACGAUACAAUGUAUGCACAUCAGGUUUGUGCGCAAAGUUUGGUCUAGAGUUUAUCUUUUUGUAUUGAAUGUAUAAUGAGUAUUUUUCUUUCAGGAUAUUGAUGACGACAUCCGUAUAGGUGUCAAAUCAACUGCCAUUUUGUUUGGAGAGAAAACAAAGUCAUAUCUGGUUGUUUUUCAUACGGGGAUGACAGCAUGUCUCCUUACCGUUGGAAUUAAUGCAAGUGCUGGUUGGGUAUACUAUCUUGGGACUCUGUGUACAAUGUUCCACAUAGCUCAUUUGAUACAGAAAACGGAUCUGAAAAAUCCCAGUUGUUGUUGGCAAACUUUCAAAUCUAGUAGAACUUCUGGUCUUUUGUACUUUUUAACCAUUGUGCUCGACAAACUAUCGAUGUAACAUCCCAUCGAUACCAAGAUUGAUUUACAAUAAAUAUUUUGUAUAUAUGUCA